AUGGAGAACCACAAGAUCCUUCAGGAACACCCCUUGCGGCACUUGGGCCGAUGUCUGACGCAAAAUACGGAGUUUUUACAGGUCGUCCAGGUGGCGCAAGCGCGAAAGAAGGCAGAUCCUGUGCAAAGCAGCGAGACCGAAUGGGAUUUAGACUUGUCCAGCCUGGACUUGUUCAGUUGGCUGUCCGAGGCCCAAGCCGAGCCAGAGCCUGCUGCGGCGGCUUCGUCGACGUCGCAAUCGCCCUUGGCUACGCAAUCGCAGGAGGCGAUUGAGCAUUUCAGGCUUUUCCGAGGGCUUUGGAGGCUUUUGGAACUUCACGACCUGCCGAGGGCCAUGGAAGCCUUGUUGCAGGUGGUACAAUAUGCUGGGCAACAGAGGUACUCCUUGGCGCUGCUCCAGCGGGAAGUGGAGUCGCUCUUGCUCGAGGCGGAGUCACGAAGUUAUGCGGCGCCAUGGGUUGUUUGCUUGGAGGCCGAGAAAGCCUCGGAUGUGACUGAGAGACACCUGGUGACCGAUCGACAGGGGGUGAGUAGUGCCUGCAGCACUACAAGCACUGCAGGACCCGGUAGUGCGGACGGCGCCGAAGCCGGCCAUUUUUUCUCACAGGAGACUGCCGGCGGUUCUUGCAGUGACUCCGAUCUCAGUCUCGGUCUCGACGGAGAGUGCCUCUCAGCCGAGGAUGAAGCGCUAGAUCCACAGGACCUUCACGCCUGGGAGUUGCAGUUCCUCUGCGUGGCCGCGGCGGAAGAUUUAUGGCGUGCGUUGCGCUCUCAGGACUUGGAGCGUGCCAUUUCAGUGGUGCUCUCGUUACGCGAGGAGAUUUUGCAAGUUCCACUCAGUCCAUGUGCUGACGCCACAGACAAAAAACGUUGGUGA